CAAUAAAAGAACCUAGCAAAGUGGUUGUCAUGCUGGUUCAAAGAAUCUACUCCAACCCAACACUCUAGAUGACCCCGUCAAUUAAAAGCACGUGACUACGCGUUACGCGAAACGCGCGGGCGAUGACCUUCACUUUCCUGAAUCAGUCAAACAUCUCUGUGAUCGACUAUUAUUUUAUACCGGCCCAUUUCACGAAUUAAACCGAACACUUUUGACCUUUUACGCUAGCUUCUACUCUACGUCUACCAUCAGUCAACAUCGCUCUUCUCCCGUCUCUAGCAGAUAGAACUUCCUAAGAAACAACAUCCCAUCCACCAUACACACAAUGUCCCUCCAAACCCCGCGUGUUCUCCCUGCGCACAUACACGCCUUCCAUCCUUCGAGCGGCAAUCGCUCAUUGCAAACAGUCCGUAUUCUGGGCACAGUAACUGCGCUCCAUGGCAGCACGGCGACUCUUACGUGUGGAAAUAACGGCGAUGUCACUUUGCUCUUGAAGUUGGAUUCGCAUCUGCAGAUGGGGAGACUUGUGGAAGUGGUGGGAAAGGUCGCUGAGUUGGAGGGUGGGCAGGGACUCGGUCUGCGCGUUUUGGCAUCGACGGAUUGGGGAAAUCCAGCGGAUUGCGAUUAUAAGAUCUAUGAACAAGCCGUGGAAGCAACGCAUCGGUUCAAGGAGAUCUUUUAUGAUUCGAAUGAAUGAACGCUUUUUUCGUUUGCGAUGUUGGAAUGGAAAAUACUCAAGAAAGGACAGAAAAAAAGAAGACCAGGAUGAAUGAAGAGAUAAUAGGAGG